AUAUCAAUUUUGCUAGUGCUACUUCACGUACAAGACCAUACUUUCAACUCUCUAGACGCAAUUCACUGUUUAAUUUUCCCCAAACUUUUUAAGGCAACACUGCAAUGCUUUCUCCAUUAGUUUAUCAGUUUCCAAUGGGCAUUUCCAGCCUAUAAAGUCCACCAUGAAAUCCCACAUCCACCUCUUUCCUUUCUCAUCUUACAUACCCAAGAUCCUAGAGUCUCUUUGUUUCUCUAUUUUGUCUAGCCAGCAAUAUUAAUCUUUUUGAUGCUCAUCAACAUCCUAUUCUUGAUGUUUGAGAUUCAUGUCUCCUGUACUCAGUGAAAUCCUCCUUUCUGGGUUUAUGAUCAACUCUGCUCUUAGGCGCAGGACCCAUCUUGUUCAAUCUUUCUCUGUUGUUUUCCUUCACUGGUUCUACGUGUUUUCAUGAACUAUCUCUUUCUGUAAUCCCAUAACCAGCCCUUAUUUUCUUUAGUUUUUCUUAACCAUUUUUCAUAAACAAUCCCAUAUCUGAGUUCUUUUGAAUAAUUGACUUCAGCGUUCUGUGUUAUUACUUUUUCCAAGCAUAGUCUGGUUAUUGUUUCUGUUGUUUCUGUUAUAAGGUGUUGUUGUCAUGGCUACUUCAAGCACUGGAGCAUCUUCAGCUUCAAGCACGCUGGGAAGCUCAAGUUCAGAAGAGGAUAUUCAGCAGAUUUUGGAUGAAAGGAAGCGCAAGAGAAUGAUAUCCAACAGGGAAUCGGCACGUUGGUCUCGGAUGCGUAAACAGAAGCACCUGGAUGAUCUGAUGGAACAUGUUUCUCAGCUUACAAAGGACAAUAACCAGAUCCUUACAAGCAUGAACAUCACCACACAUCUUUACUUGAACAUUGAGGCUGAGAACUCAGUCCUUAGAGCUCAGAUGGCUGAGCUCAGUACCAGGCUGCAAUCUCUCAAUGAAAUCAUUGAUUUCAUAAACUCAAGCAAUGGGGUUUUUGAAAAUCAUGACAACAACUUUGAGGCUGCCUAUCAUCACCAGCAUCAGAUUAGCGAUGAUACCUUCAUGAAUCCUUGGGGUUCUUUCUCUGUCAAUCAGCCCAUCAUGGCUUCUGCUGACAUGAUUAUGUACUGAUUAAUAAUUUCUAUGGUGUGUGUGCUUUUUUCUUGUUUUACUUUAUUAUUUAGCUUGUAACCAAGGCUUAAUUAUGGCUGUAAAAUGAAGGGAUGCAUGGAUGAAGAUUUCUAAGAACAUAGCUCGCUGCACAUUGUUGAAAAAUUUUCUAUGCAACUUGAUCCCUCACCGUACGAUGUAUACUUAAUUGUUAGUUAAAAACUUUUUUAAAAAUAAAAAUGAAAAAUAUUAC